UUUUGUAGAAGCAGUAAGGCCCAGCAUAGCAAUACGUGCAGUCGUUCUAAUAUAUCGAUAUUUUAAUCACGGAAUUAUUUAUUAAAAUAAUGUAUUUAAUCAAAAUAAUUUAUAGCGAAUAAUUUAUGCUUUUCUUAUUUGACGGCUAUUAAUAAAAUACAAGAAUCUAUAUUUUCUAUAAUAUAAUCAUGGCCUCAGGUAAUUUUUUAACGGUUAAAACUCAUUUAUCGGAGUUUAAAAAUAAUUCGGACAAGGAUACAAUAAGUGAGGCGUCAGAAAGCGGCACGAGCAACUCUACGUCAGCUGAAGACCUCCAAAAACUCGCUGUGAUUCUCGGCUUGAAUAGCGUCGAAGAUGUAUACCAAGAACGAUUCCGUGUUGACAGACGCCGGUUGGAGACAAUGCUGGCUGAUAAUUUGGACGAAUCUCAAACGGCACAAGCUUUUUUCCACCGGAUAAUGAAUGACACUAACACAUUGAUCAACUGGCCAACGCGUUUAAAAAUUGGAGCCCGCUCAAAAAAAGAUCCUCACGUGAGAGUGGCUGGCAGGGUCGAUGAUGUGAAAUUAGCAAGAGAAAAGAUUAUGCAGUUGCUGGACACGCGGAGCAACCGUGUGACAAUGAAGAUCGACGUGAGCUACACCGACCACUCGCACAUCAUCGGAAAGGGAGGCCUAACAAUAAAGCGUGUUAUGGAGGAAACGGGGUGCCACAUCCACUUCCCGGAUUCAAAUAGGACCAGCGCCAUCGAGAAAAGCAACCAAGUGUCUAUCGCUGGUGAUAUGGAGCGUGUGGAGAGGGCCAGGGCUCGUGUUCGGGCGCUGACUCCGCUGGUGUUCUGUUUCGAGCUGCCGAUAGUGGCGCCAUCUCAGCCGCUGCCUGACAUCAACUCUCCAUACGUGCAGCAGAUACAGGAACAAUAUAAUGUGCAGGUCAUGCUUCGCAAUCGGCCUAAACUUCACGCGAACCUGCUGGUGGUGAAAGGAGUACAGUGGGAGGUACAAGCUACCAUGGAAGCUACCGGGCUGCUCAUGAACUACAUGUGCGGUCAGCUCGCGAGUCAAACCCACGUCCAAAUGUCGCUAGAAAUCUCCCCCAUCCACCACAGCGUGGUCGUAGGCCGCGGCGCCGAGCAGCUCAAGGUCAUCAUGAAGGGAACCAACACCCAGAUCAUGUUCCCUGACGCCGAUGACCCCAACAUACCUGUGAUCAAGAAGAGUUGCGUCACUAUUACUGGACAGAUUAAGGAUGUUUACACGGCAAGGCAGCAGCUUGUGGGAAGCCUCCCCCUGGUAGUGAUCUUCGACGUCCCCGAAGAGGCCUGCCGCCUGGACCCCGACGCGGCCGUCAGACUGAUGCACAAGUACAACGUGUACAUCAACAUCCGCCGCAAGCCCAAGCAGGGCAUCGCGUCCGUCGUCAUCAAGGGCAUUGAGAGAUGUGCAGGUGACCUGUACGAAGCACGCAGAGAACUCCUGGGCGGUAAGGAGCCUGUCAUCACGGCAGAGAUCCCGGAAUCCUACAGCAUCCCGGCCUUGCCAUCCAUGCCGUUCAUAUACACGUCGUUCUCGCCGUCGCACCCGACCGUCGCCAACUCGCCGUGCUCGCCGUACAACAUGCCGCUGUCCGAGAUGCCCAACUACGCCAGUCCCAUGUUCCAGACGCCUACACCUGGAGGCUACCCCAGCCCGCUGUCGCCGGUGGCGAUCACCCCGCCGGUGUUCCCGAGCACGUGGCUCAUUCCGUCGCCGCAGCCCCGCGCCGGCCAGUUCCACUACCCCAGCAUGGUCAACAUGUACAAGAACAACGCUUGGAACCCUAUGUCAAACAGUCCAGAUAUGGGCAGCAUGCAGCCGCCAAUGAUGUUGCAGCCCACAUAUCAGCAAAUGCCCGAGGCUAGACAUACUACGCUGAACCAGCUCCUGAACUCCAGCUCGCAGGCGAGCAGCGGAUACCAGAGCAAUUUCACCGGAAGCUCUGUGUCCUUGGAUACGCAGAAUAUAUCUGGUGGUGACGGCAGCAACAUCGCGUCUCCGUCCGUGUCUCCCAUCAGCAAGGGCCACAGCCCCGCGCCUUCGGCCGAGACGGAUCGCUCUAUACAAGGUAUGUUGUCAGGUGGCGACGGCAGCAACAUCGCGUCUCCGUCCGUGUCUCCCAUCAGCAAGGGGCACAGCCCCGCGCCUUCGGCCGAGACGGAUCGCUCUAUACAAGGUAUGUUGUCAGGUGGCGACGGCAGCAACAUCGCGUCUCCGUCCGUGUCUCCCAUCAGCAAGGGCCACAGCCCCGCGCCUUCGGCCGAGACGGAUCGCUCUAUACAAGGUAUGUUGUCAGGUGGCGACGGCAGCAACAUCGCGUCUCCGUCCGUGUCUCCCAUCAGCAAGGGCCACAGCCCCGCGCCUUCGGCCGAGACGGAUCGCUCUAUACAAGGUAUGUUGUCAGGUGGCGACGGCAGCAACAUCGCGUCUCCGUCCGUGUCUCCCAUCAGCAAGGGCCACAGCCCCGCGCCUUCGGCCGAGACGGAUCGCUCUAUACAAGGUAUGUUGUCAGGUGGCGACGGCAGCAACAUCGCGUCUCCGUCCGUGUCUCCCAUCAGCAAGGGCCACAGCCCCGCGCCUUCGGCCGAGACGGAUCGCUCUAUACAUGGUAUGUUGUCAGGUGGCGACGGCAGCAACAUCGCGUCUCCGUCCGUGUCUCCCAUCAGCAAGGGCCACAGCCCCGCGCCUUCGGCCGAGACGGAUCGCUCUAUACAAGGUAUGUUGUCAGGUGGCGACGGCAGCAACAUCGCGUCUCCGUCCGUGUCUCCCAUCAGCAAGGGCCACAGCCCCGCGCCUUCGGCCGAGACGGAUCGCUCUAUACAAGAAAUAGCGAGCAUCAUCUCCGACCUGCCGCUGUCGGAGCGGCGCGCGCCGGGCUGCGAGAAGAAGACCCUCGAGACGCUCGGCAAGCUGUCGCCCCUCACCGAGUACCGCAAGAUGAAGGCCGAAGCUACCAAGGCCAUGCAAGAGAAAGUGGGCAGCAACUACCGCAUGCCGACGCCUCGCUGGUCGGGGUACUACUUCAGCCACACCUCCCCUGGACCCAUCAACAUGAAGGAGGAGAUGGCCACUACUCCCGAAAAAGGCUGGAACAGGUCGGAGCUCGUGCGCCCCAACAUCAUGGAGAAGCCCUCGCCGCCUCAAGCUGCCCAGGCUACGGGAAAACCGUGCCGCUACCAGCAAUUAUAUGAACUGCUUCGAGAGAUAGGGCUGCAUAAAUACAUUGAUUUAUUCAAGAAGCACGAACUAGACAUGUCAACGUUUGCGUCCCUCAACGAGGCGGACCUCACAGAAAUAGGCGUCACGGCCUUUGGGGCUCGCAGGAAGAUGCUGCUAAUCAUCGCAGAGCUGCAAAAACAAGCGAGCGCGUUCAAAGGCUCCGCCGCGCCGGGCGCCGAGCGCAAGCUGCUCGGCUCGCCGCCCUACAACACCGGCGCCAUCGCACAGGACAAGUGGUAGCCACCAGGGCGGACCACUCACACGAGGCCAGUCACCAGGACAAUACACUUGCACAUUCAAACAUUAUAGCCCUUUCACACGGGGCCAGUAGUCAAGACAGUCCACUAAGCCUUCAUAAUUUUGCAUCCCAAAUGUCACAAAUAUAUUAAGAUGGUUAUACUGAACAACGUUUCCCAUGGGAUCGGUAUUUAUGAAAAAAGUAUACCUAGUAAAAAAGUAGCCCACGUUUCGUCUACUUCGGGCCUCCGAGGUUUCCAUUCGUUUUUUUUUUCGCGAUUUUGUGAUGAGUCCCAUGGGGAUCUUAACAUGUUUUUGAUAUUCCCGACCCCAAAGUCACUUAAUAGUCCUUUUACACGGGGCGAGUAAAUGGACUGGCUUGAUUAGUAGGAUUUUACAUUUAUAUGCCUUGGUAACUGUACCUCUUCACUAUUAAAUGACUAUUAGUAAACCUUAUUAUAACGAGAUAAGCUCUAUUAAUGGUCAAAAGUUUAUUCCUCGAAGGACGACAAUUUAUUAUAUCUCUCAUCAAGAUCAGACGCACCGUCAUAUCGUUAACUCUUAAAGUUUUAAACUAAAAAUAUAGUAGAAACAGUAAACACCGUUUGCAAUAGAUUGCUAGUCAAAAUGUAGUCUAUUUGUGUAGAUUCUUAGCUCUAGCAUCAUUAAUUCUCAUCAUUUUUGGUGUCAUGAAACCACAUAUAAGUCGAUAUUUGAUAAUCCGUUACAAAAUACCCUCCAUAUGUAUUCAUAAGGAAAAUAGCCCUCAUUCCACUUCGGUGAGUAUGACUAAAAUUAUCCCUUCAAAUGUCACAGACAUUAUAUAUCUACUGAACUGACGCUGGACGUUAAGUUUAAACAACUGCUUACAAACGUUAUGACGAGACUUAACCCCAAACUGCCUGGGGUCAGAGACGGUGUCUUAUAGACAUUCCCUACACCAGACCGUGUCACAGUGGCAGGCCAGACAAAUAAAUAGGACCGAAGUACACCUCUAAAGGACGUAUUUUUCAAGCAUUUUAUUGGACAUACUAAUAAAAUUGGUUGUUUUGUCUAUUGUUUUGGUCAAUGCCGAAAAAUUCUUCAAAAUACGUCCACGGAUAGAUACGCAACUGAAACACUCUGUUUAUAUAAAUUGUCGUCGAACGGGACUACCAAAGCACAAGACACGUUUAAAAAUGUUUAAAGGGCGAUGCGUUUAUACGACCUUGUGAAAGUCAAAGUUUUGAUUAGUAAGUAUUUUAAAAUUUCCUAUAUUUUUAGAAAUUUUUACACUUUUAAGAAAUCCGCUCUCCGCUAACGUGUAAACGUACCUUUACAAACGGAAUCGAGAACUACCCAAUUAGGCCAUAUAGACCGAACAAUUGAGUAUCACAAAUGAAUAUAAUGACCCAUGUUUUAAAUCAAUGAUAAAUAUAGAGAUUCAAAUAAACGACGUGCAAACUUGACUGACGGUCAUAUCUUCAUUUGCUGAUUGUACUUUUUUAAAUGCCUCAAUCGUGACCAAAUGUUUGAUUAUCAAGACUGAUUAUGACUGGAGUAAAUAAAGUAACUUAAAUUAAGAACGAUGAUAAAUUUACUCUAAAUCAGUGAUCUCAAAGAAGACUUGUUUAAGUGCCUUAUGCUGCGUUUACAUGGCCUACGAACCACUGCGAACAACGGGCGAACUAAACUCAUUUAUGUAUUUAAAUAAUAUAUGAUGAUAUUAUGUUGUUCGCUGUGGAUCGACGCGAUUUAUACGCUCCUUUAUAUUUAAGAGAGUAAUGCCGCAUUUACAUUCUUGCCAAGCUGAUAACGUUUUUGUGCUUGGCAAAAUUGAAACUGCGACACUAGAUUAAAAAAACACUCAAUUGCUCAUAAAAGGCACAAUUAUCUAUUUAAAAUAUUAAUUCAUGUUCUUAUAGGUUUAGAUUUAUGGAAUGCCCUUCCUCGCGUAGAUCGCCCAUUGAUUGCUAUGAGAUUUUAUUACAUAUCUAGUUUUAAGUUGUUUCCUUUUUAUAGAUUUUUAUGAUAGCUAGAAGCGAUACGACAAUUUUUUAAAGACUAUUGUUGAAGUAAACGGGCCUAGCGCCAAUAAAUUAGUGUUAAGAUUAACUAUAAUAACCUUAGAUCGUAAUCAUUUAGCUUUAGAGGAAGCAUGUUUUAUUUCUUGAUUUUAACCAACCAUUUUUAGCAUUAUGUCUCGACUACAUAUAAAUGAUUUUCGUUAUUACAUUUUCUAUGCUUUUAAUAUUUGAUUAUUUCACUAUUGGGAAUAUAGCGACGGUUUCUUUUAUUUCAAUUAUUGAAAAUCAGGAAAAUACCAAUCGUUACUCCUUUUUAAAACAUAUUCUGAAGAAUAUGAAUCUAAAGGAAGCAAUCUGAAUUGGUUUCUGACUAAGAAUAAUCAACUAUCGAAAUAUUUAGGAUCGCGCAAUUUGACUUGAUUUUAAAAAGGACUCAUUUAAGUAAACAGAAUAGAUACUCACAUACCUUUUAACCUUUUGGCCGCCAUUUACAAUGUCAUAGUUAGUGUUAAAACUGUUUUGGACGGUGCCAGUGACUGGAGCAAGUUUUUCUAGCAUGCCAGUGUUGGUCCGGUAAAAAAACUGUGUCACUCCUUAGUACAAAAAGAGUGUUGGCUUAGUACUAUCUGCGUCGGCGCUUGCAUGCCAGUAACUAGCAUUGUCUAAAUCGGCUUUAAUGGAAUCUUGACUUUAUCCAUGUUCUGGCGACAAAAAGGUUAAGUGACAAUUUCCAAUCAACAGUCACAAAAAAUCUGUUAUAUUUUAAUCAGAUAACAUUUUAAUAUUUAUCAGUAAUCGUUAUGUUUAUGAUUAUGAAUUUAGGUUUUUUUACUACAUUUAUACAUGUGCAUUUUAUUUUAACCAUAUUAACAUUCUAAUUUAUUGUGAAUGCUUUUUAAUGAUGUAUUUUCGUAUAUUUGUGUUAGUAGGAAUAGUAAAGUGUUGGUACAUAAUUUACAUGAUCUAGUGCCAUUUAUUUUUUAAUUCAAUCACCCGAAGUGAACCAUGGAAUUAUGUAUCCAUUCUUUUACUUUUUAAUUGGUUUCUUUUAAGAUCUGAUGUAAUUUUAAUCAUGAACUUGUGAUUUGAUCAAUAGUUUUAAAGUAUGAUUAUGAGAUGUUUAGCGUUAUCUUUUAGUAUUUAUAAAAUAAUGCCUACAAGCUACUAUUAAUUUGAUACGUAUAAUUAAGAUAAGUGAUGGGUAGGAGUUAUGCAUUUUUUUGUUUGUGUUCAUGUUUUUUAGAAAGUUUGCACGGUCGUUUUUAAGUUUUGCUUGUCCGAUUAAAGUUGAAGGUUAAUUUUUAAAAGAA